AUGCUUGGCCACUGGAAGGAUCAACUAAUUGCGGACCUUGAAGCUGUACAGAAGACUAGAUAUGACGUUGAGGCGCUUUUGAAUGAAGCCCGUCGCCGGGAUCAGCAAAUGAGACUGAAUUUGACUGAAGUGAAGGAGUCUCUUACUGAAAUAUCUCGCCGAAUUAGGGUGUUAGAGAAAGAGAUACGUAGUCUUCGAUUACAUUCGAUUGAUGACGAAGAGGACGAAGAUGAUGAAGGCGAUGCUGGAACAACGAGUAAGAAUGAAGUCAACAUUUCCAAAUCCCGCUCCUGCUCUGGAUCUACAUCUCACGAUAAUAAUGUUGACCUAACUCAGAUUAACCAGUUUGAUAAUGGUGUCGAAAUGACCACAGAAACUUCAAAACUUAUGAUGAAUAGGACUCAAAUUAAAAGUAACUCCAAAAAGAGAGAACUGCCAAUCUAUUCAUCUGAAGAUCUUGCAGGUGGGUUUAUGUUUUAUUGCAUUCUACUUUUUAUGGCAUAA